GUUUCCCUGGCAACGGCCUCCGGAACGGAUAAAUGGCCACCUAGUGAUUUGUCGGACUGUGCCGGGUCUGGGCCGCUUGUUACCAACUCAUAAAGCCUUGCAGCUCGGUAGACCCGAUGUUUCAUGGAACAAUCACAGAAGAGCUAACCAAUCAUAGAGAAUGGAGUCACUAUAAUGAAAAUAUAGUAGAAGAUCAAAAAGAUUUUGUUUUUGUGAAGUUCAGUGGCCUUCAUUUAAAAUCUAUGGAAAGUUUUCAAUCUUGUAUCUCUCUUAGAGUGUGCAUCUUCUCAAACAAUUUUAUUACAGAUAUUCGUCCACUUCAGAGUUGUAUACAAUUAGUCAAACUUGAUCUCCAUGGAAAUCACAUCAAGAGUCUACCAGAUACCAGAUUUUGGAGUGGAUUGAAGAACCUAAAACUUCUCUAUCUACAUGACAAUGGGUUUGCAAAGUUAAAGAAUGUAUGUAUGUUAUCUGCUUGUCCAAGCCUCAUUGCCCUCACUAUGUUUGAUUGUCCAGUAAGCCUUAAAAAAGGAUAUAGACAUGUUCUUGUCAACAGUAUAUGGUCUCUCAAAGCACUGGAUCAUCAUGUGAUUUCUGAUGAAGAAAUAAUUCAGAGCUGGCAUCUUCCUGAAAGAUUCAAAACAUAUAACCACCGACUUUUCUUUAAUUUCUGCCCUGCUUUGAAAAAGGGAUCAACCUAUGAGGAUGAAAUUGAUAAUAUCAAAUUUAUUAUUUCAAAAAUUAAUGAAAUUCUGGCUCAUAACUCGCCAGUUUUGAUUGUUCAAAGAUGGAUACGUGGUUUCUUAGUUAGGAAAGAAGUGAGCCCCAUAUACUUCCACUUGUUCUUGUAUAAAAAACAUCAGGAAAAAACUAUUAGUGAAAGUGAAAAAAAAAGGAUUUACAAACACAAAGGAUUUGAAGAUAAGCUCUUUAAGGAUCUCUUAUUUCAGCCUGGAACCAAUAUAACAGAAAAACUUGCACGUUGGAAACAUAGUAUACAUUCUCCUGUUGAUUUAAAAUAUUCUAGUGAACAGAGAAAACAUGUUUCUUCUAUUUUAUAUGAAUUAAAAACAGGAAAACCAAGACAUCUCAUUCAAAAAGGUCAGAAAGAGUCUGAAGAUAAAAUUGAGGAUGAAGAAUUGGAUGUCAGUUUUAGGAUAUCAAUGUUCAAACUACCAGUACAUACUUCAGAUUCCCUGAGGUAUGCUGCAUUAUUGAAAGCAAAAGAACAAGAUUAUUUUCCUAUGUAUACCGAGCCACUUUCUAUCACUCAACAAAAACCAGUAAUUAAAAUAAAAGACAUGCUGUUGGAGAAGAGAGUAAGAAGAGAGUUUUUUACAACACAAAGAACUGGUAUGAAACUCCAAGCACUUUAUGAUAUUGAUAAAUAUUGCUCAGAACAAAAGAAGCAGGCAAGCUAUAAAAAUAAAGUAACAGCUGUAAACGUGGCACAAGUGGCCCAAGAACGAGUUAGAUUCACUAUUCAAGAAAAUUUAAAUAAGAAAAUAUAUGCUACGCAUAAACUAACUGCAAGAGAUAAUAAGACCAUUCAGAAUGGUUUACAACGACUUUGGCAGGACAGAUCCAACUACCUUGAGAAAGUUAAAGAGAGGAGAGUCCUGUUUCUGGAAGAAAAAAAACAAAAGGCUAAAGACCGUUUAUUAAUUCAAAACUUAAAUAAUAAGCGCACUCUUUUGACCAAAGAAAUGACUAAAAUUGACAGAUUGAAGAAGAAGCAGGCUGUCUUAAAAGAGAAAAGCCUAAUUGUUCAGCAAAAACUGGCAACUGAAAAAUAUCAAAAGGAUUUACUUAAACAAAUGAAGGAAAUUAGGGCUCAAGAAAUAUAUAAAAGACAUUGUGAAGAAAAGAUUGUUAAUGAUAUGAUUCCCUUUCAAAAAGCUUGUGAAAUAUUUCAAGAUACUAAAACAAAAGCUGCAAUUGUGAAAAAGAAUUUAAUCCUUAAAGUUCCCGAUGGAAUGACAAAGUGA